UUGUUGAAGUCAUUGCAUUACUUCUCUGCUAGCCCCCUGGCACUUUUGGACGUCACUAUAGCCCUAGAAUAGUCGCCUUGUUCCUCCUUUACCGGAGCAGAAUAGUUGUUAUUAGGACUUCAUCUCUGCAGUCACGAUCCGCUGGCCGCGGUUCCAUAUUGUACAGCUGCCAAAGUGGAGUGGUUCUGGACGAAUACUUCCAGGUCAGAGAGUGACUCUGGAAAGGUGGAGGACAGGAAAAUGUCUCGAGCAUCGUCAACGUCAGCUCCUCAGCUGACUCCCCAAUUUUGUUUCAACGAGAGGUUGCUUAGAGAUUUUCUACGAAUUUCUAGAUCGACCAUUGAUGAUUCCAUCACGCAAAACCUCAAUGCCUUGUUCACCCCAGCUCGACAAGGAUUCGAUCCCUCUUCCACAGCUAUCCGACAAAUAGACGCCAGUGAAGGAAAGCAAAUCGAACCAGCUGCCUGCCAGAGCUUUAAGGAUAAGGUUUUGUUUCCAUCAUGGCAAGUCCGUUCGGAUGUGCUCAACUAUUGCGCCGGGGUGGCCACAAGUCCCGACCCGGAAGACCCGGAUCUCAUUCUGCAACAGACCGAAUCUGCGGAGGAUCGCGAGCAUAUUGUCGAUGAUCGUUUAGACCCAUAUGCGGCCCGGUUUUUGCCUCGAGAGGCACGGACUGAGUCGUUGGCCAACCUUGUCCGUACUCAACGGGGGGUCGAAGAGAUUAUACGCGCGCGCACAUGGGGUCUGGUAACGGAAAGGUGUGGUGGCCCGUCCGAGGGCUGGGAAGAGGCACUUAACAAAUGGCGUGAGAAUAAACAACGAGAGCAGGCGCCACCGUCGACAGAGUGAUUUGAUCUCUGGGUCGAGUAGUAGUCACCGCAUCGGUUAUGGUUGAAGGCCUCUACUCCUUGGAGGUAUCGUUUCCAGCUGCAUAUUGUCUGGUUACUGAUCUGAUUUGAUGAGACUGGACAUGCUAUGUAUAUGAUGUUGUAAGAUAGCUGCAUAUAACAGGCGUUUCUUGGUUGGACCUGGGAGCCCAGGCCGGAUGUGUAAAUCAAAACAUGAACUUGGCUUGAAUCGCGUACUCUACCGUUUGUUACAAUUAACAUAACAGACCAGAGCAGACCAGACCGUAUGCUGUGAAUACCCAUUAGCAAUGUAACUUGCCGACAAUUGGGUGAUAUGGAGGGUAAGUAUCAGGGCUGCCAGGUUGCAUCUGCAGGCCGCUUCGGAUAAUAAUUUCGUCUGGUGCCGGGCAGCCCUCGAGGACGGCGGUCGGCAAGAACCUUCGAGUAAAAGCGAUCGUUUGAUCAUACAAUUUAAGCCGCU